AGCGGCCCAUCCAGCUCCACCUCGUCCCUUUUCUCAUCUCUUCCAUUCUCAGCCACGCCCCAUCCCCGCGAACCCGCCCACUCUCGUUACAUAGUGUCGCCGAGGCCAGUUACUGCCACUUCUUUUCUUGCGCCUCACAGCUGCUCCCAGUAACCGGCACUAUGGUUCGACAUGUCGAGACUCUGGAUGAGUUUAAACAAGUCUUGGAGGAAGCUGGAUCCAAACUUGUUGUCAUAGAUUUUACUGCUACAUGGUGCGGACCAUGCAAAAUGAUUGCACCUUUCUUUGAGGAAUUGAGUAAAAAUCACCCAGAAGCUGUGUUCAUUAAGGUGGAUGUGGACGAUGCACAGGAUGUCGCUCAACACUGUAAUGUCAAAUGCAUGCCAACAUUUCAAUUCUAUAAAAAUGGAUCAAAGGUACAUGAAUUUAGUGGUGCUAAUAAGGAGACUUUGGAGCAGAAGGUGGUGGAGCAUAAGUAAAAAGUCAAGAACCUAUUGCAAUCUUAGCUACUUCUUUUAUAACAAUGUUUAAAAGUCUACUACCAUAUGAAGGAAAUUCCUACCCUUUCAGAUCAUGUCUUAUCAAUUCCCGAUGUUUUCCAGUAAAUCUAUAUUGUACUGUUUAUGAAAUGGACCAGAAUGGAGGAUUUAAAUAAAAUGACUGCUAGAAUCCA